AUGACGAUGAUGAUGAUGAUGAUGAUGAUGAUGAUGAUGAUGAGGAGCAGCAAGAAGAGGAGAACCCCAUCAGGCCAGGAAAAUAGCUCCGCAGGCUCCCAGCAGCGGCUGCAGGACAGCUCCGCCCGGGCGCGUUCUCGCUCGCGCUUCCUCCGCCGCUUUCUGUCCCCCGGCGGCCGCCGUCCGCGCGGCGGGGACCACGUGAGGCGAUCACGUGGGGCGGCCCCGGUGCUCGCUGCCAUGGCGGCGGCGGCCAAGCGGCGCAGGUGCUUCCCUCCGCAGGCGGCCGCCGGUAGCGGUGCCCCGGGGCAGGGCAGCGCCGAUGCCGUCGGCAGGUUCCUGGCGUGGUGCGGGCGGGCCGGGGUGCGGCUCAGCCCCAAGGUGCGGCUGUGCCGGGAGGGCGCCGUGGCCGGGUACGGGCUGCUGGCCGCCGAGGAGCUGCCGGCGGGAGAGGUCCUGUUCUCCGUGCCCCGCUCCGCGCUGCUGUCCCAGCACACCAGCGCCAUCCGCGGCCUGCUGCGGGACGCCCAGGAGUCCCUGCAGAGCCAGUCUGGCUGGGUGCCUCUCCUGCUGGCCCUGCUGCACGAGUACACAGCCAGCAGCUCCUGGUGGCAGCCUUACUUCUCCCUCUGGCAGGACUUCAGCAGCUUGGACCACCCCAUGUUCUGGCCUGAGGAGGAGAGGACGAGGCUCCUGCAGGGCACAGGCAUCCCCGAAGCUGUGGACAAGGACCUUGCCAACAUCCACCUGGAGUACAGCUCCAUCAUCCUGCCUUUCAUGGAGUCCCACCCUGACAUCUUUGACCCCAAGGUGCACACCCUGGAGCUGUACAAGCAGCUGGUGGCCUUCGUCAUGGCCUACAGCUUUCAGGAGCCUUUGGAGGAGGAAGAUGAAGAUGAGAAAGGUCCCAAUCCCCCGAUGAUGGUCCCAGUGGCAGAUAUGCUGAACCAUGUGGCCAACCACAAUGCCAACCUGGAGUACACUCCUCAAUGCUUGCAGAUGGUCAGCACCCGGCCUGUGGGCAAGGGCCAGGAGAUCUUCAACACCUAUGGGCAGAUGGCCAACUGGCAGCUGCUGCACAUGUAUGGCUUUGCAGAGCCAUACCCUGGCAACACCAACGACACUGCCGACGUCCAGAUGGUGACGCUGCGCAGGGCAGCGCUGCAGCGUGCCAAAAGUGAAGCAGAGCAGCAGCUGGUCAGGGAGCAGUGGGACUUGUUGUGCCAGCUGGAGAUGGUGGGGGAGGAAGGUGCCUUCGUGCUGGGCUGGGAUGAGGUCCUGACAGAGGAAGAGCUGUCCAUGACCCUGAAGGUGCUCUGCAUGUCAGCAGAAGAGUUCAAGGAGUACAAGGCCCAGGCUGGCUGGGAGGAUGACAGCGAGGAAGAGGAGAGCCCCACCCUUUCCAACGAGGCUCUCUCCAAACUGAAAGCCCCAUGCAAGAAGCUCCUCUAUGACAGUGUGCUGCUGACCCUGGAGUCCUACAGGUCAGACCUGAGAGCAGAGCAGGAGCUGCUGGACAACAAGGAGGCCUUUGAGAAGCUGAGUGGCAGGGAGCAGCAAGCUCUGCAUGUGCGCUACGGCCAGAAGAGGAUCUUGCACCAGGUGCUGGAGCUGCUGGGCUAGAAACCUGCCUGGCCCUGGAAGGGCACUGCCUGCAGCUGCUCAGGAAGGGAAGGGCACCUUUGGCCAGCUCCUCUCAGCAGCAGGAUCAAAGCUGAGUCCCCUACCCUCAGGGCAUCUGACUUUUUAGCUACCUCUACAUCACCACAGUUCCAGUGGCCUUGGGUGGCCUCACCUGAGCACAGCUGCCCCCUCCCUUAGGCCUGCAGCAAGCUGAGAGCUGACAGCAGCUGCUGGAGGAGGGCAGAUGUGCACUGCUGGCACAGCGAGUGGGGGUCCCUCCCUCAGCAACCAGACCUGGCAGGCACAGGGAUUGUGUCCCAGGCUGGAGCCACUCUAACAGGUUCAGAGUGGCAGGUGGAGGUGCCAGGACUAAACUCUUCACUCCCACUCAGCUGGCAGUGGCAUUUGAAGGGUACAAGCCCAGCCCUCUGGUUUUGCUGGGGGGUGGCUCAAAGCAGGGUACUUCUUUCACCUCUAGAAGCUCUUUCUGCAGAGGUCUGAGACCACUCUCCAGAGUUCUGCAGCUGCUGGAAGUCUCCACAGUGGAUCCACAGCUCCAGCUGCCACAGUUCUGCCCUCAACUCAGCUCUUGCCCUGCAUCAUCUUCAGCUGUGGUCCUGUUUUUCCCCUCAGCAGUUUCUGCAUGCCAGGAGGGAGGGCUGCAGGCCAAGCCCUGCUCAAUAAAGCUGAUGUUCCUCACCCA